GUUGUCUUCAUCCUUGGCGGUCCUGGAUCUGGGAAGGGAACACAAUGCGGAAAGCUUACAGCAGAAUUUCGUCGGAUGCGCCAUCUCUCUGCAGGCGACCUCCUUCGAGAAGAGAGAAAGUCUGCAACCUCUCAAGGCGAGAUGAUCGACCAAUACAUGAAGGAGGGAAGAAUCAUUCCCGUGGAAAUCACAGCUCGCUUACUAAAACAAGCGAUUGACAAAGACAAGCAUCGUUUUGAUGUUUUUCUUAUUGAUGGAUUUCCGCGGAACAUGGAUAAUCUGCGAGGCUGGAAUGAGAUAGUAGCUACUGACGUCAACGUGCAAUUCAUGGUCUUCCUCGAGUGUAGCGAGGAGGUGAUGACUGAACGACUGAAACAGCGAGGAGAGACCAGUGGGCGGGUUGACGACAAUGAGGCAUCGAUUAGAAAGCGUUUCAAGGUCUAUCAGUCGGAAACGAUGCCAGUAGUGCUUCAAUUCGAGCGAGAGAAGAAGCUCAGGUCAGUCAAAGCG